AGUUAGAAAGCUCACAAUCAAGUCAUCUUCUCAACCUGCAUUCAUAUUUGCACCGAUUCCUCUUUGGGACAGAAUGGCAGAAAAACCACUGAGAGUCGUCCUGCUGGGAAAAACUGGAGCAGGAAAAAACAAGUUUGGCAAUGUCUUGAUUGGAGAAGAGAUAUUUGAGGUGGAUCGUUCUCCAGACUCUGGUACAAGUCAAUGUAAGGCAGUCACUGGAGUGAAUGGUCAGAUCACAGUGAUUGAUGCUCCUGGUUUCUUUGACAACAUAACAAAUGCAGAGAGACAACGAUAUGAAACAAUAAAGACGACCACAGAGUGCUCACCUGGACCUCAUGCUUUGCUCGUUUUCCUCAAAGUGGAGAAAUACACUGAGCAUGAGAAGCAGGUUAUGAUAAAAAUAAAAAAGCUUUUUUCUGAAGAUGCUUUUGAAUAUGCUGUACUGGUCUUCACUCAUGGUGACCAGCUUGCUGAGGGCAGGAAAAUCAAAGAGUUUGUCAGUGAAAACAAAGAUCUGAAAGAGCUUUCAGAUAAAUGUGGUGGCCGCUGUCAUGUUGUUGAUAAUAAAUACUGGAACAACAACCAGCAAGAUCCUUAUAGAGACAACCAGUUCCAGAUCAGACAGCUGCUCAGCACGAUCAAUGGACUGGUGCAGCAACAUGGAGGAGGCUGCUACACCAAUAAGAUGCUGCAAGAAGUGGAAAGAAAAAUCCAGGAAGAGACGACGCGAACCGGAUCCAGAGAGGAGGCAAAGAAAAAUGUCACCGACUUUUUCUUCAAGAAAUUAGCUGAUAUUGACCCAGGCGAGUUACUGGGGGCUUUACUUGGCUCACUAGAAGAUGUUAAAAAGGUUCAUUCAGCAGUUUUUGGUCUCCCUGGUGUUGCUACAUGGACAGCUGUUGGAGCUGCAGCAGGAGCAGUAAUUGGAGCAAUUGGAGGUCCUGUUGGGGCUGCUGCUGGAGCUGCUGCAGGGGCUGUUGGAGGGACUUUGGGAGGUUUAAUGGCUGGGUUGUGGGGGAAACCAAAGACUGAAUAAAUUGGAGAUAUUAGAUAGAGACAAAAACAAACAAACAUUCAGGUCAUCUUUAUUCACAGACACACGAUGGAAUAAUAUUCUUGACAAUAUAGAGAACUCACUCUGUAAAUCAGGAAUUAACUGAACAUGUUCCAAAACCUUCUGUCAAUGUCUAUUGUUGAACAUUAUUUCAGUCAAUUACUGUUGUUUAUCUUAAAUAUCGACACUGUUUUGUUCUGACAGAUUUUAUCAAAUGAUAUUUUGUUUGAAAUCAGUUUUGAGUUUUCUCCUUUUUCAUAGAAACUGCUUUGUAAAUGUAACAAAAGAUUGUUUUCAUUCACUUUGUGUAUCGAUUGUGUGUACUUGAGUUUAUCUACAAAUCUCUUGAUUUCAUUUUCUAGUUUUCUGAAAUUGUAAAUACAAAGUCUCUGAAUGAAUUAAAAGAUGGAAACAACGUUGACAUUUAACAUGAUCUGAGGAAUAGUUUCAUUUUAUUUUCUUCUUAUUGUACCAUGAUGAUGUUAUUUUCACACAUGCAUAAAAAACAUUGUAACAUUGUGA